AUGUCUUCCAGCCAGUCUUGCAGAAUUCACCGACUCACCUGUGUUCCCAACGACUACCCUUGGGGCGAAGUGGGCAAUGACAGCUUGGCCGCUCGACUAACGAAGAAUGCCUCAAAGUCCUUCAAGGUCAAGCCCGAUCAGCCCUACGCCGAGCUCUGGAUGGGCACCCAUCCCAACAACCCCGCUCACCUGUACUCUUCCCCCGAAACGCUCCUUUCCAGCUAUUUGAACGACCACCCUGAACUUUUGGGAUCAGUGAAGAAGUUCGAAACACCAUUCACUGGUGCCAAAGGAUCUGGGACAGAGGGGCAGGAAGAAGGACAUGUGUCGUUCUUGUUCAAAGUCUUGACGUGCAAGCAGGCUUUACCUCUCCAGAUCCAUCCGAACAAGGAUCUAGCGCAAAAACUCCAUGAAGAGAAUCCCGAGCAGUUCGGAGAUGUCAAUCACAAACCCGAAAUCGCGGUCUGCCUGUCGGACCGUUUUUUGGGCUUCGCCUCUUUCCGGCCUUUCGCCAAGAUCGUUUCCUUACUGCAAAACGUUCCUGAGGUCUCUCAGCUUUCAGCAAGCCUCCGAUCUGCUGUCGAGGCCUUUAUCUCAUCACCGAGCGGCAAAGCGCUUCAAAAAACAUGGGGAGAGUUCUUAAAGCUAGGCGAUAGUGAAGAGGCUGUUAAAGUCUUCAGCCAGCGGGUGCUUGACCAAGGCCCCAGCGCCUUCAGUGGCGUGGACAUCGAAGAUGACGACAAGAAGAGACUGGUACGAGCGGUAGAACUUGGAAACAAGUACAAUCCUGGUGAUGGGGGUCUUUUCUCAAGUCUGCAAGUUUCAAAUUGUCUCGAACUGAAGAAAGGGCAAGGGAUGUAUGUCGGUGCAGACGGGCCGCACGCAUGGAUGGAAGGCGAGAUUGUGGAGCUCAUGGCCAUCUCUGACAAUGUGAUCAACGUUGGCUUCACCGAGGAUGACGCCAAAGACGAUCCUUCGCUUGUCGCAGAAGUUGUCACCUGCACGCCGAAAGCCAUCAAAGACUUGAUCCUCGACUCCCAAAUCUUUUCCAAGGGCAAGAAUGGCAACACGAGAGUGUACUCGGUGCCGUUUGAAGAAUUUUCCAUCAUGAAGAUUGAUGGAGAUGAAGUACUGGAAGCGCUCGACGGUGCAGGUAUCGCAGUCGUCAUCGACGGGGAAUAUGCUCUCGAGGAAGAGGAAGGAGUGAAGCACGGUGGACAAGGGCCGGAUGGCGAAGGUGGUCAGGGAACGGUAUGGUUUAUCGGGUCGCACACAGAGACAAAGUGGACAGCUCGAGACGGUAAGGGCGAAGUCUGGAUAGCUUUCUAUGACAAGAAGGCCCCUCACGACGAAGUUGGGCUCAAGUAG